UUUCAAAUCUGUCAGUUAACUGUCAAAUAAAUUUAAAGACGGGCGAUCGCACUGCGACGUUAUUGCUAAUCGAAGUAUAAAUAAAUCUCCACACGGCACACAAACUUAACGCGGCGUUAAUAAUUAAUUUGAGUUGAAAGGCCAGAGUCGUUCAACAGGCUAGGAUCGAUGGCGUACGCCUUGUUUACUAAAUAAACGCGUAUUUGCGUCACCUUAGAAAACAUCUACCAUGGCUACUUCAGAUAAUAGUGACCCUAAAUUGGAAGUGGAGGAGUCUCUGCUGUAUUCUGCGAGACAUGGUGAGCUGAAGGUAGUCAAGGCAUUGCUGGAAGCGAGAAAGGAAGGGAAACUGACCUUGGAUAUAAAUUGCAAAGGCAAAACAAAAAGCAACCUAGGAUGGACGCCGCUCAUAUUGGCGUCAUAUUUCGCGCACGUGGAUGUGGUGGAAGCGUUGCUGGAGGCAGGCGCGGACGUGGACGACGUAAACGAGGCUGGAGACACCGCGCUGCACAAGGCUUCUUUCAUAGGGAAUGAGGAACUAGUGAUCCUCCUCCUAAAACACAAAGCGGAUGUGAACGUCAUGAACGGCGAGGGGCGUACGGCCUGUGACGUCUGCAAGACGAGAGACGUUCAGAGACUUUUAGAGGCGGCCCAGCGCUCCGAGCGGCAUGAGCGAGAGAGAAAACUCCUGAACGCUGCGAAAGCGGGACAGAUAGAGGACAUACAAGCGCUGCUAAGCAGUUCCAACCCACCCAACAUCAACUGCGUGGACGCACAGGGCAACACCUGCCUGCACUGCGCAGCGUACCGCGGACACGCGCGCCUCGCCGUGCUACUGCUCCAGAAUGGGGUGGAUACUACUCUCAAAAAUAAUAGCGGUCAACUAGCGAUAGACAUGGCGAAAGACCAGGAAAUGCGUGACGUUCUCAGUGUGCGGCCAGUGCAGAGGUUACAGCGGACCGCAGCGCGAUUCGAAGGCCCUUUGCUCAAGAGGUCGCGGUUUCUCGGCUGGAGACCGGUUUGGGCGGUGCUCCAACGCGGCGUGCUGCUGUACUACGGGUCGCGCGCGGAGGCGGCGCGGGACACGGGGCGGUGGCGCGCGCGCAAGUACCUGGACGGCGCCACCGUCGCCGCGCCCGCCGCCGAGCCCGCGCUGCUGCUGCCCGCCUUCAGCGACGGCGACCAGCACCGCCUCGCCGUGCCGCGCCAGCCCAACCAGGACGUCGCCGCCACCAGGCAGUCAUGGAUAACAGCGUUUAACGAGCAUAUAGCGUAUUCCGGGCACUAUCUUUGGGCGGGGGCGUCGCCCGACACCGCUAAAGAGGCCACCGAGGAUAUGGAGGAUGAAUGCAAACCGUUAGGUUCUAUGCAGGACGCCCUGACCGCCGCGACCAAUAGCCUCGCCCUACUCGACACGCAACUCCGAGAGUGUGGUGCUAUAGUCGCAGCUCUCGAUAAAUCCGUCAACGUUGGGAAUUCGCUGCACCACUCCGCUUACAUGAGGUUCCAGCACGCGUGCGGCACGGGCGCUGAGGCGCUUAGCUCCUUACGUCACUGCGCUGCGCUCGUCGCUCAAGCGAGAGACGCUGAUUCCGCGCGGCUCAAUCGAGAGAUUGAACGGAACAGGGUAUUAGAGGAAGCUCUAGCAGCGUUGGCGAGGACGCACCACGCUCUAGAAAUGUCUGUUGCCGAGGAACUCACUAAGAGCAAACGAAAGAAGAAAACGCCGUCUCAGAAUGAUUCGAAGGAGAAUUUCUUCGACGUCUUUGAAGAUACGGACGAUGAUGAUGACACCCUAGUGACAGCGGGGCUGUCCAGCCCUCUCGGGGCUUUGAGUCCGUGGAACAGCAGCCCUGAUCUCUUGCGACGGACCCCUAUAGGUAGUCUUGACGGAGACGUAACUCCCACAAACGAACAAAAUGGCGGCUCGCCUCUAUCCAGCUCUCCCACCUCUCUACACACCGCUCUAAGCCCCGCGUCUUCCCGUGGAACCCUCGUCUCCCAGGGUGGCCAUGUGUACAGGAACGCGAGGUAUCGCAGGAACAAGAAUCCCAGGUUAGUACACAGAUGUAACCCCACAGGCAAGAUGGCAGCACUCUCACCUCUCUAUACACCGCUCUAAGCCCCGCGUCGUCCCGUGGAACCCUCGUCUCCCAGGGUGGCCAUGUGUACAGGAACGCGAGGUAUCGCAGGAACAAGAAUCCCAGGUUAGUACACAGAUGUAACCCCACAGGCAAGAUGGCAGCACUCUCACCUCUCUACACACCGCUCUAAGCCCCGCGUCUUCCCGUGGAACCCUCGUCUCCCAGGGUGGCCAUGUGUACAGGAACGCGAGGUAUCGCAGGAACAAGAAUCCCAGGUUAGUACACAGAUGUAACCCCACAGGCAAG